AUGAAUGCUAAAAAACAUCUAAACCUUACAUGUCGUCUCUCUCAUCCGGCUUAUCCUCACACCCUCUCUCCUAGAACCUCUAAAGAAACCCCUAAAUCUGUUUGUUUCGUGUGUUCCAGAGAUAUCUUAAAGUGGGGAGAUGAUUUGUAUUACUCCUGCACCACUUGUGAUGUUGAGUUCCACAAAGAUUGUUACUCGGAACCAAAGAAGCUAACACACCCGUAUCAUCUCCAACACCCUCUCGAUCUCAUCGACAGUAAGAAUCAUGAAGCUGAUCAAACUUAUAAAUGCACUUGGUGUGGAUCAAACCACACAAGGUGGUACUAUCAUUGUUCCAUUUGUAGCUUUUGUUUGGAUGCUUCUUGCUCCUAUAAAUACCCUUCUCUCACCAUCACAAACCCUCAAAGCCAUCACCAUCCUCUCUCUUUUUUUCCACGGCCUUUAUUAGUUCCAUGUGAUGCUUGUGGCUUGAUCAAUCAAUCAGAUCCAAGCUAUGCUUGUUUUCAAUGCAGUUACAUUGUCCAUGAGUCUUGUAUCAACUUACCACGCGUCAUUAAAAUCACUCGUCAUCAGCAUCGUCUUUCUCAUACUCCUUACCUUUCCCCUACAAUAAGGUCAUCAUGCCGUGUUUGCCACAAGAAUGUUGACAACAAGUAUGGUCAGUACUCUUGCAACCAUGAAACAUGUUCUUAUGUAGCACACUCAAAAUGUGCAACUCAUAAGGAAGUGUGGGAUGGGAGAGAGCUUGAAUGGGAGCCCGAAGAGCCAGAGGAUCCUGAAAACACCGCACCGUUCAAGAAGAUAGGUGUUGAUUUGAUCAAACAUAUUUGUCAUGAACAUGCUCUAAGACUCAACAAGUACUACAAAAACGUUGGAGAUGCACAAGACAAGCUAUGUCAGGCGUGUGUUCUUCCUAUCGACUCUCGUGACUUCUACGAUUGUAUAGAAUGUGAUUUCUCACUCCACGAGGUAUGUGCUAGUCUUCCUCGAGAAUUGGAUCAUGCUUUGCAUAAACACCGGCUUGUCCUAGACACGUCUCCUCAGAAUGACUAUGAUGACAUGAGUUGUUCAGUUUGUCUUCAAAGGUUCAGUGGUUUCAGGUACAAGUGCAAAGACAAAGGUUGCUUGAUAAGCGACAUAUAUCGAAUACAUGUUGGCUGCAUAACACUCCCUGAUGUUUUUACUCAUAAAAGUCAUGAGCAUCCUUUAUGUUUCCCCAUAUUAGAACACCGCUACAAAGAGAAGAUCAUAUGCAAGAUUUGCAAGAAACAUUGUUUGCUAUCUUUUCUACAAUGUACUACAUGCGAAUUCGAUAUGUGUUAUCGUUGCGCCACAUUUCCUAACGAGGUACACUACAAACACGAUGAGCAUCCUCUCUCCCUUUGCUACGGAGAAACCGCAGAUGGUGGAAAGUAUUGGUGUGACAUAUGUGAGAAAGAGUUAGAUUCAACAAAAUGGUUCUACACAUGCAACAAAUGUUGUGUCACUGUCCACCUCCAUUGCAUCUUCGGGUCCUCCAUUUAUAUGAAGCCCGGUUUCACAUUCGCUUACAUUACUUUCAAGGUGAAAGUACUUCGCAACAAUAGUAUCACUCGUCCUAUAUGUGAUGGAUGUGAGCAGCGUUGCCCGACUCAUGUGUACUAUGAAGUCUACUUUUACAGGUAUAAACUCGUUUCUUGUUCUUUAGAGUGUCUAGAACAGAGGAUUAAUGGUCUAGAUCAAAGGGUUCUUAGACGAAUGAAAGUUGUCGUCGUGACAUGA